CCCGGGCGUGUGUCAGGGCCUGGCCGCGCCGGGACCACGUGGAGGCCGGAAAAGGAAGGCGCCAGCGGAGGUGGUCGAUAAGGUCGUUGAGGGACGGAGGAGUUCGUGACUUGCCCGGAUCACCCAGCAGGAGCCAAGUGGAAGCAGCCACAGCGAACCCCCUUACCAGGGACUUGGGUGUUUGGGGCAGGAUGAAGCCAAGGGGAGAUUCUGACCCCCCUCAGACCACGUGCCCGCUCCCCACCAGCCCCAGCCCCGACGCCGGGGAGACCCCACAGAAGCGACACAAGAAGAGGAGCAAGAGGCAUCAGAGGGUCAUGACCCGCAAGGCCCUGCUGGAGCAGCAGCGGGUGCUGAAGCCCCCCCGGCGAGGGGACACCCUCCCGCCGGACACGGUGGAGCCUAGGACAGGACACGGCCAGGCCCGGCCAGGGCCCUCGGGAGGCGCUGCCCCGGACCACCCCCUGCCCUGCAAGUAUGUGGCCAUUGACUGCGAGAUGGUGGGCACGGGCCCCGGUGGGCGGAUGAGCGAGCUGGCACGCUGCUCCGUUGUGAACUACCACGGAGACGUCCUGUACGACAAAUACAUCCAACCCGAGAGGCCCAUAGUGCAGUACCGCACCCGUUGGAGCGGCAUCACCCGGUGGCACAUGCGGGGUGCCACCCCCUUCCAGGAGGCCCGGAAAGAGAUUCUGAAGCUGCUGAGGGGUAAAGUGGUGGUGGGCCACGCCCUGCACAACGAUUUCCGGGUCCUCAAGUACUUCCACCCCCACCACCACACGCGAGACACCAGUAGCAGCCCUCUCCUGGUCCACCGAGCCGGCUUCCACACCCAGGGUCGGCCUUCCCUGAAGAACCUGUCCCUCCAGCUGCUGAACAAGAAAAUCCAGAUGGGCAAGCAUGGUCAUUCGUCGGUGGAGGACGCCACGACAGCCAUGGAGCUGUACCAGCUGGUGCAGGCCGAGUGGGAGCGGGACCUGGCCACCAGCUCCCCGGUGGCCUUGGAAGAUGGCGACCUAGACCCCGAGCACUACCUGGAGGACCAGUACUGGCCGGAGGACCUCAACGAGAGCUACAAAUGAGGGGGGGCCGGGGAAGGAGGAGCAUUCCUCCGGGCCAGACAGGGAUGGUGUUCAGUAGCAUGUCCUGGGCACUGGGACUCUUGUUCCUGACCCUGGCAGGAUAGCUGGGACUCCAGGGCCUAUGGAUCUGGAUGGGCAGGUCUCUCCCUAGCACGUCACAGACCCGAUAGCUGUAUCUUCCAAGCGCCUGCUGUCAGGUAAAGGCGAGCCAAGGUCCUGCAGGCUGCACAAGUGGGACUGUCCCAAGAGGGCAAGGAGGAGAGGGAGGGAUCCGGUUGCCUCUUUGUUCUAAAUCUUAACCGGGCCCAGCUAGUCGUCAGGCUCAGAAUAUUCUCCUGACCACAGUCUAGGGCAUCCCUGCCGUUCACCCCGAGCUUCACUGCCCUUCCGGGGCAGGGCCAAGAGGUGCUGGCCACCCCCUCGAAGCCUCCAGCAAGACCAUUUCCACCCAGCAGCGCCAGCACCUCAAGUCUAGCUUCUUCCCUUCUAUCACCCCAUCCCUUCCUGGGAACAGAACGAGCCUCUGGGUUUGAGUUCAGGAAAAACAGGCUCUAGAAGGGUAGGAGUCUUUAAGGAUUUCCUCCAGUCAAAGGGUUGCCCAGGGCACACCUUUCUUGUCUGCCUGGGUAGGAAAUGCUGGGCAGGGGACUGGCAGGAUUGAGCCCUGGCUCAGCGUCACUUCCUGGGGGUGCAGGAGGGGCGGUGAGGUCCCUGCCUUGGCCCUUCCCUGGGAGCCUGCUGGGUCCAUGGGAGUCUGGGGGGUGGCGCACUGCACCCGGCCGGGCUGGGGACCGAGGAGGCUCAGCCGAGAAGGUGAGUGAGGGCAGGGCACUAUUUUUGGCACUUCUCCAGGACUGCUUCAAGGAAGUGCCCAGGGCCAGUCCUUGCCCCUUUGGUUUUCAGGUCAAACUGCUAAACAUGUAGGUCAUGAGGAAAUUUACUUUCACCCAGGGUGUCCAUUCUGAAUCCCAUCCACCCCUACCCUUCUUCUUUUUUUUUAAUGGUUUUCGUUAAGCACUUACUAUUUGCCAGGUACUGUACUAAGUACUGGGAUAGA